AUGAUCGUUUCCCCAUACAGUGAGGGCCGCAUCCCCACCCCGUCGCCCCCGCAUCCCCACCCCGUCGCAGCAUUCCUCCGAUUCUCCCAUCCGCCCUACCUCACAUCUGUCUGUUCCUUCCGUCCACCUUCUGCAUUUCCUCGUGUACAUCGCCUCUCGUUCUCCCUUCCUCAUUUCCUCCCUGCCCUCUUUUGGCAUCGCCUCUCGUUCUCCCUUCCUCAUUUCCUCCCUGCCCUCUUUUGGCAUCGCCUCUCGUUCUCCCUUCCUCAUUUCCUCCCUGCCCUCUUUUGGCAUCGCCUCUCGUUCUCCCUUCCUCAUUUCCUCCCUGCCCUCUUUUGGCAUCGCCUCUCGUUCUCCCUUCCUCAUCUCCUCCCUGCCCUCUUUUAG